AUGGCUGCUCUUGUUUAUGCUGGAUUCAUACGGAAACAAAAUGAUCAAAGUGGAGCUGUUCUCAAGGCUGAGGCGUGGAUAUACUUUGAAAGGGGCCUCAGGCAGUUGGAGGGCUGUCCUCAGAGCGGGGCUGGACAUGAGUUGCCUCUGAGCCGGCUGCCUGCUGCUUUCAAUAGCUGCGGCCAUCAGCCCAUCAGCCUGGGCUGCUCCCAUACAGUCUGUAAGACCUGCUUACACAAGCUGCACCGUAAAGCCUGUCCCUUUGACCAGACUCCCAUCAGCACAGACAUUGACCUCCUGCCUGUCAACUGUGCCCUGCUGCAGCUGGUCGGUGCGCAGGUCCCAGAUGAGAGACCCCUAAGCCUGAACUCAGCCGCACUGCAGCACUAUGAGGUGUGCAGUGACUGUGUGGAGGAGAUGGCACUCUACCUCAAACCAUUUGCCGGGGUCAAAGGAGUGGCCAGCCCGAGUGUGCUGAGUCGGCCCAUGCAGAGGAAGCUGGUGACGCUGGUGAACUGUCAGCUAGUGGAGGAGGAGGGCCGUGUUCGGGCUGUGAGGGCAGGCCGCUCUUUGGGGGAGCGCACUGUCACAGAGCUCAUCCUGCAGCACCAGAACCCACAGCAACUUUCUGCAAAUCUGUGGGCCGCAGUCAGGGCGCGCGGAUGCCAGUUCCUAGGACCGGCGAUGCAGGAGGAUGCGUUGAAGCUGGUGCUGCUAGCUCUGGAGGACGGCUUGGCUCUCUCCAGAAAAGUCUUGGUUUUGUUUGUGGUGCAGAAGUUGGAGGCCCGUUUUCCUCAGGCCUCAAAAACCAGUAUUGGCCACGUGGUGCAGCUGCUUUACAGAGCCUCAUGUUUCAAGGUGACUAAACGUGAUGAAGACUCGUCCCUGAUGCAGCUGAAGGAAGAGUUUCGAACAUAUGAAGCGCUCAGAAGAGAACAUGAUGCACAGAUAGUACAUAUUGCCAUGGAAGCAGGCCUACGCAUUUCACCUGAGCAGUGGUCCUCACUGCUGUAUGGAGAUCUAGUUCACAAAUCACACAUGCAGUCUAUUAUUGAUAAGUUGCAGUCUCCUGAGUCAUUUGCAAAAAGCGUGCAGGAGUUGACCAUUGUCUUGCAAAGAAGUGGAGAUCCAGCUAACCUCUCCAAUCUGAGACCAAAUCUGGAAUUACUUGCAAACAUAGAUCACAACCCUGACGCACCAACACCAUCAUGGGAGGAGCUGAAAAGUGUGAUGUUUUCUGUAAAACAAGUUGUUCAUGGUCUUGUUGGAUUCAUUCAGAAUUUUAGUAAAAAGAGCAAUGAGGCCCCACAGCCUCAGACCAACGCUAAAUACAAGACCAGUAUGUGCAGAGAUCUGCGUCAGCAGGGUGGCUGUCCCCGAGGAACCAACUGUACCUUUGCACACACACAGGAUGAGCUGGAGAAGUUUCGUCUGAGAAACAAGAAAAGUGGCAGCCACUCUCUCCACAUAGGGCAGACUUUGACCAUUGAGGGUGAAGAUAUUGGCACAUUGGAAGACACUGAAGUAUUAGAGGGGAUGCCCCACCAUCCUCAGCUCAGCUCCAGAGGCACUGACAGUCUGGAGACCCUCAAGAGAACAACUGAACCCAGUGCAGCAAAUAGAGCCAACCCUCGAGAUCCAGCCAGUGGAGCCUUGUCUGAAUCCCCAGAAAAAAAAUCCAUGUCCCGUUCAGCGACUCCUGUAAACCAUCCAUUGGCCUCGUCUCCCUUGAACACGACUGGAUGUGCUGAUGGUUGUUCUCAAGGACCAAAACACAGUCCUUGUUUAGCUCGGGCCCCACACCAAGCCUCUGGGUUAUAUUACCAGGAUGCACACUCACCCUACGACGCUCCCCAGUUUCAACCAGCCUCAGGCUCAUUCUACCCCUCGCUUCACGGCCCUCAAAAAACUUGCAUGGCUCAAUUCCUUCGCUCAUCAAAUGUUACGGAAUCCUUGAUGCCUCCAUCGCUGGGUCCACCACCAUCCUUCCCCUGUGAUCUUCAUCCACCACACCCGACCUCCUCCUUGUCCCCUGGGUACACGCACGCCCAAGAGCGAAUGAGCCACCCCGCCUUCCAUAGACACCCUGGUCAGUCUCCGUAUGGGACCCUUGCUCCAGCCCAUGGUGUUUACGCCCCGCUCUACGACAGCAGGAGAGUUUGGAGACCGCAGCUGUACCACAGAGAAGACGCAAGGAGCAACUCACUCCCCCCAGAGGUGCUGCAUUCUACGGUCUAUCAGCCUCCACUGAAAGAGCGGUUCAACUCUCUGGACAGUAACUAUUGUUCCCCAGCAGACCACAGACAAAUGGAGAGGGACUAUGGUCAUGCUCCUCUGGGUUAUGAGGAUCUGUUCAGAAGGAAACAGGAGCAGUGGGCGCACCAUCAUCAUCAUCAUCAUCGUCAUGUCAACCACAAGCUUAAGUCCUCCCCCAUCCUCACCAUGGAUUUUGGAACAGAGCACGCAGAGAGGAGAGGAAGUCCAUGUAUGGGCUGCCGCUGCAGGGGGGAGGAAAGUUCAGCCCACUACUCUCCUUGGUCUUGCCUCGACUCUCUCACACAUACGUCUACCCACUCCUGCUCAGAGCAUGUGGAGUUGAAGAAGAAUAAUGAGAGUGGGUGCAGUGGUAGCGGUGUAGCGAAGCCAUGGCUGCAGUCAUUAGAUCACUACCAACGACUCAAAGAUGAAGAUCCCAUUAUUCCUUUUAGUGAGGGACCUAUUAUCUCCAAGUGGGGGGCCAUAUCUCGAGCCUCUCGUACUGACUUUCACACCACAGACCCGGUCCAAGCUACGUCCUGGCAGGGCACUGCCAGCACCACGGCCAUCAACUUCAAUGACUACAACGUCCACUUAGACCACACUGACUACAGGUGGAACUCAAGAGGAUCAAACUCUUCCAGCCAUUCCAGUUUCCUUGAAAGUGAUAAGCUUGAUGUAAGAGGGGAUCAAACGUCUAUUGUGAAUGGAGAGAAGACAGUAUCUGAGCUUCCCACAUGUCAAACUGUUUAUGGCCUGGAUGAGGAGGGACUCAUUGAGAGUGAACCUGGCCGUGACAUUGAACUGGAACUAUGUGCUCUGGACAUGGAUGAUUCAGACCAGCAGAAUAUGCAGUCACAGGACAGAGAAGUCCAGACCUCCCCUCUGUCUCAGGACACUACCCUCCUACUGGCUCCUUCUUGCCCUUCACCUCUACUCGCUUCUCAGACGACAGAACCAGACGUAUCUUCACUUGACAAGAUUGACAUUCAUCGUCUGAAAAAGAUGGCCUUUCGGAAGUCCCUUUCUCCUGCUGGAAUGGUAUCAGGAGGUUUGGGUGUGGAAAAAUCAGUUCUGCAAACAGAACCACCCCUUUUAGGUUCCUCCUGCACCUGUUCAGAAAUGGCAGCAUCCACUGCAGGGCUGCUCAAUGGAAAUGACAAGUUUUAA